GGCAGCGGGACCACCGCCGCCGAAUUGCCACGUACCACAGCUUUCACUAAUCUCUCCAUGCUUUUCGCCGAUGCCAGUAGUUCGUACAAAGGGGGCUGGAGCCACGCAACUUCGCCUGCUCCAGGACAGGGUUAUGGAAGCAGUCUAUCAAAGACAGCACUGGAUACGCACACACACCUCAGGCAGCCUGAUCCUUAUCAAAUGUUCGGUGCGACAAGCAGUCGUCUUGCAAGCUCAGGUUCCGGUCAGAUUCAACUUUGGCAAUUUCUACUGGAACUUUUAUCAGACUCCAGUAAUGCAGCAUGUAUUACGUGGGAAGGAACGAAUGGCGAGUUCAAGCUGACAGACCCCGACGAAGUAGCCAGGCGAUGGGGAGAGAGGAAGUCCAAACCCAACAUGAACUACGACAAAUUGUCUAGAGCUUUAAGGUAUUAUUACGACAAAAACAUCAUGACGAAAGUCCACGGGAAGAGGUACGCCUACAAGUUCGAUUUCCAGGGACUGGCUGCAGCGACGCAACCUGCUGCUGCGGAUCCAGCAGCUUACAAGUACCAAAGUGAACUCUUUAUGUCCGGAUAUGGACAUGCUAAGCUCAACCUGAUGCCGCCUCCAGCCGCUUCCGUAUCCGUAUCGGUACCAGGCGGCCUUUUCCAGUCGGCUUCCAGCUACUGGACCACCAGCCCCGGAGCGAAUCUCUAUGCGGGCCAUCACACAUCAUCAGGUCACGUACCUCCGCAUCUUGGCUCGUAUCCCCAUUAUGCAUGACCCGCCGCGGAGCACUGGGGUGCCCUUGGAACUCCACGCUGAAAAUUCAACAGAGCGGAUCAUUGCUAUCGUCUAAUACGAGCGUACUCGGUACUGCGAAUUACCUCAACAGGUAUGCCGUAUUCCGUGCUGUGCCAUACUAUGCCAUUCCUUUAUCAUCGUUCUUACUUUGUCGCGCAUGUACGGACGAUCUGACUCCUCGCGACGCGAUGUUUAUCCUCGUCUUCAUGUGUGAGAACUUUGUAGAUAGAGACGCACAGAGAGUGAACUAAAAACUUUAUCGAUUGGUAUACAUAAGCGAUUCGUCACGCAAUGAGUUAUCUGCGAUUUCAAGAUCGUAUGUGGAUUGGGAUACUAGGAAUGCACAAGAUUACUUGGUGGCAUGUGAAUUCAAAUUAAUUCAAGUCAACACAAAACUAAAUUUAAGGUAAACUAAAGUGACUUUUAAAUGAAUUUAAGUGAUGUAAAAUGUAUAAUUCAACAGAAUUCAACUUAAUUUAAGCCAGUUUAAGUAAAUUCACCAAAAUUUAAGAAAUUCUAAAGACUUGAAGUAAAUAUAGCUGACUUCAAACGAAAGAAAAUUAAUUCAUGUAAAUUCACCAUAAUUUAACAGAAUAUAUAGAAGUCGACCACAGCCAUUUGAAUAGUAGAGAAUACAUGUUAAUUCAAGUAAAAUCGUGUGAAUAAUUCAAUGUUAAUUAUUCAAGAUGAAAAUAGCUGAAUUCAAAGAAAUUCAAAGUGAAGUUGGUUGAAUUUCCCUAAGUUCAAGAUACAUUCAAGUAAAAUCAAAAGGAAUUCUGUGUGAAAUAAUUUUAACUCGAAGUAAAUUCAAGGAGAAACUGUAGCUAACUUCUCAGUGAAUUUUUAUUUGACUUGAAGAGAAUGCAAGUGAAUUUAGUAAUUAAUCAAAGUAAACUCUGGUGAGUUCAAAGGAACUUUAAUUAGAAUUCAUCUAAGUUUACUUGAACUGGGUUUCGUUCCAGUAAAUUCUACUAUAUUCAAUCAAACACAGUCGAACUCAAACAGAAUACAAACUAAAAUAUGAUUGAUUAAAAGUGAAUGGACAGUGAUUUGAACAGAUUUUACUGGAAUUCAAGUUAUACUAAAUCCAAUUCAAUAGAAUUCCACGUGACUACAAACAAUAUGAAGUGAUUCAAAGUAAACGCUAGGGAAUCCAAAGGAAAAUGAAGGUAAAAUGAACUGAAUUCAAAGAAAAUAUAAUGGCAAGUGAACUAAAUUUAAAUUAUUUGCAAAGAAUUCUAAUGAAUUCUAUUGAAUUGUAUAAAAAUAGUUUUAAAUUCAUUUUAAUUCAAUGUAAGUUCAAGUGAAUUCUGUCUAAAGAAAUCGUUGCUUGAUUUAUUAACUUAUUUUUUUAAUCGAACAGACUUUUUUAAAUUUCUAACUUGAGUUUUGCUCAGA